CAAUUUGUUUUAUUUUCAAAGCUGAAGCCGGUCACGCUGCACGUCCUUUGGCUUUGUAAAUAAUAAAUUUUGCAAAUAUUAAAUAAAAACCAAUUCGGUCCUGUCUGUAGUACUACUAAGAAGUGCUACGUUUAAGACUUUAUUAACGGUCUUUUAAAUCGGGAACAAUAACUAUGGAGAAGGCGGCAAACUUGGUAGUUUCCAGUCCGAAUUUAAAAUACACCGAAGAUUACAUACAUUCGGAGUAUAGAUACGAAGAAGCCUUAGUUACUAAGAAUGAGGAUGAAGUUGUGGUUACCCCAUUCAGCGUGUCACUAUCAAUCCGCACGGAGAGGAAAGUACCCAAGGUGGGGGUGAUGCUGGUGGGUUGGGGCGGGAACAACGGGUCCACGUUCACAGCCGCCGUGCUCGCUAACAGACAACAACUGUCGUGGAACACCAAGAAUGGACAGAUGGACUCUAACUGGUAUGGCUCAAUAACGCAGGCCUCGACCGUGCGUCUGGGCAUCGAUGAGAAGGGACAGGAAGUUUACAUACCCAUGAGCCAGAUGCUGCCCAUGGUGCACCCUGAUGACCUGGUGAUCGACGGGUGGGACAUCAGCCCGCUGAACCUGGCGGAGUCGAUGGCGCGCGCGAAGGUCCUGGACUUCGACCUGCAGCAGAAGCUCAAGAAGGAGAUGUCUGCCAUGAAGCCGCGACCGGCCAUCUAUGAUCCAGACUUUAUAGCUGCUAAUCAGGCCGACCGCGCCACUAACCUCAUCAAGGGCUCCAAGUUCGAGCAGUACCAGCAAGUAAGGGCCGACAUUCGCGAUUUCAGAGACAAGAACAAGCUGGACAAAGUGUUCGUGCUGUGGACCGCUAAUACUGAACGCUACUGCGACGUGACGGCGGGUGUGCACGACACUUCAGACAACAUCGAGAAGGCGCUUCGCAACAACCACCCCGAGAUCUCGCCGUCCACCAUCUUCGCACUCGCAGCUAUUGAUGAGGGGUGUUGCUACAUAAACGGCUCGCCCCAGAACACGCUAGUCCCGGGUGUAGUUGACCGAGCGGAGCGGCGCGGCGUGGCGGUGGCGGGCGACGACUUCAAGUCGGGGCAGACCAAGAUCAAGUCUGUGCUGGUCGACUUUCUUGUUGCUGCUGGACUUAAGCCGACUUCUAUCGUGAGCUACAACCACCUGGGCAACAACGAUGGAAAGAAUCUGUCCGCACCGCAGCAGUUCCGCUCUAAAGAGAUCUCAAAGAGCAACGUGGUAGACGACAUGGUGGCGUCCAACAGCAUCUUAUACAAGCCGGGGGAGAAGCCGGACCACGUGGUCGUCAUCAAAUACGUGCCCUACGUAGGCGACUCAAAGCGCGCAAUGGACGAGUACACCUCCGAGAUCCUUCUACACGGCACCAACACCAUCGCCAUGCACAACACGUGUGAGGACUCGCUGCUGGCCACGCCGCUCAUACUGGACCUCGUGCUGCUGGCUGAGUUGAUGCAGCGCGUGUCGUUCGCUCCCUCGGGCUCUCAGGACUACACAGCCAUGCACCCGGUCUACUCUAUCCUGUCGUACCUACUCAAGGCUCCGCUGGUCCCGGGGGGGGCUCCCGUGGUGAACGCGCUCGGCAGCCAGCGCCGCGCCGUGGAGGGCGUGCUCAGGGCGUGUCUGAGCCUCCCGCCCGUUACUUGCAUGCAGUUGGAGCAUAAGGUCCCGUUCAUGAUGAAGCAGCUUCGUUCGGGCGCCCUAUUCGCGUCCUGCCACCCCUCUAAGAAGCAGAAGAUCUCCCACAGCAACGGGGACCAGUGAGCAAUCUUGUAAUAAUCCCACCUUACUCGACGACACUAAGCUCUCAGACCCAUUCGUUUGUAUCGAUGCUGGAAUUAAUCUGGUGUUUAUUUAAUGGUUUGUGCAUAACACAAGCAACAGGAUUUAUGAUAUCUUAGGAACUUUAAUGAAUGAAGUAGGUGUAGCACAGGGCGCAAUUAAGACGCGAUAAAAGUUUUCCGUCGCGCUCGCUCUUGAGACUGCGCGAUGUUAGUGAGCGCGAUGCAAAACUUUUUUCACGUCUUAAAUGCACCCCGUGCUAGCCCUUCUGGUCCUAUUAUGCCUUUUUGAUCUUUGGUAAUGUGUUUAAACAAUCACGGAAUUGUUUAACUUCCUUCAAAUAUUUGGUCGAUUCGAGGCAUUGUGUACCUAUUACCUAUUCUAAUUCGAUUGAAAACGAAUAUAUCUCAUUAAAUUAUUAUAAAAUAAGUAUAUAUAACAUU